AUGUCGAGACCUUCCACACCCUCGGGUCGGUCGAACCUGAUGGAGAAGCUUUUCAACAAGAUCCGUACUCCGACUUCGUCCUCGGAGGCGCAGCGUCGUCGUCGUCGUCCACAUCGGCGAACGGCAACCACGCCCAAGGCUCGAUCGGCGCGUCAUCCUCAUCUCCCUUUUCACUCUCCACCGCUUCUCUCCUCCGACGCAACUCGUCUCGCUCUUCAUUCCAUUGCGGUGGUUCCUCAGCCAUGGCGUCGACCUCGUCGCUCGCUUCGAAUUCAUCCUCGCUCGCGGCAGGCGCUCUCGGAGCUCUAGAUUUCGAGGAUGACAACGAUGUACCCUUACCCGAAUUCGAAUCCGACGCUUACCUCUCCAAUGCAUCAUGGAACGACAAUGGCUCCUCCGUCAAGGCGUCCUCUCCGACGUUCCCAUCCUCAUCGCCGUCCACAUCGCGAACAGCCGUCAACGCCGGAGCGGGGGCGAUCAGUCAACCUCGUCCUUCGUUCUCGUCGUCAGGAGGUCGACCCUCGUUCGAUCAACUCGACGGACCUUUGAACAACCCACCUCGGUCCUCGUCAAGCAUGUCCCGUCACUCCCCGCCGUUACCCUUCUCCAACCCGCUCUUACGAUCCAACACCAGCGCCAAUAGCGGAGGGGGCAGCGGUUCCUCCUCAGGGAUAGGUUCCGUCGGCGUCGAUAGCUCAGUGACGGCUGAGGAAAUCGACCUUUAUCAGUCGGGCUGCGGCAAACGCGAGCGGUUCGACUUCAAGUAGUAAUUUGAGGACGUUGGCGAGGAGUUGGACGAAGAGUAAGGAGAAGUUGACCGGUUCGGGACUUUGUUGGCACGAACGAGAGCGGAUUUGGUCAAUGGUGCCGAGGGGGAGGAUGGAGCUGCUCAUGCAGAGGAUGCGCGUAAAACAAACGAAAUGGUGAGUGUUUCAGUGUUGAAGCGAUUUACAAAAUGAGAUCUUGGAAAUAACUCUCCGGUCUCUGACCUCCUUCAGGAUUCGAGAUCUUCUCCGACCCUCGCCUCCUCCUUGUCGCACAGCCGAGUAACUCUCGAACGCCGAACGUCGAACGACCGCAUACUCUCCGCGUCCCAACCCGCCCUCUCCACCUUCGCCACCACCACUCCAGCCCUCCCCAGACCAGGUCUGACAGCCUCGACGAAAGCGACGGGAGAACGAACAGGCGGUCGAGAUGCUCGAACGCAAGUCCUUGAUGCAGAGUCAAACUGGGACGGGAGGUACGGAGGUGAAAAAGAGGAGGGCCCAGAGGGUCAAUUUGCAGGAGUUGAUGGCGAAGAAGGAGAGGGACGGCUUGGAAGGGCCAAUUAGUGAUGCCGGCGAUCACGGGAGAGUGGUCAGUCAACUUUCUCGAUUCUCGGAUCCGGGACUGCCUGUGGCGCAGCAUAUUGAUCACUUUCAUGAUCCCUUCGAGUUGUACAGCAUCCGAAUCGAAUGCUUCGCCGCCGUUACGACCGCCCCUUUCGCCGCACAAUCGAUCCCGAUCUGA